AUGACCUCUCUUCACAUGCUGGGGCUGCCAGCUCUCAGAUGGUGUGAGCAUCCUGCUGACGUUUUUUGGUUAUCAGAGCCUGUGAUGGGUUUUCACUACACCGAUUGCGACUGUGAGCUAUGCCUUCCAUCUGCUGCCACCUUACUCCUGCUUGGAGUCAACGACGAAGAUGGCUAUCCUGAGGACCUCGUUGUACAGCGACUCUCCCUGGAAUCUCGUGUCAUCGACAAGAUCAGAAUGAACAGCUCGGACCACGAAACCCACGGCGUUCUGCAUGGGAUCAAGACUCGCUUCAAAUCUCGAACCUCAAUCUUCAGUCCCGGGGAGAUCAACAUCGUCCAGAGCGAGUGGGACCGUGUUGCCAAAUCAUCCAUGCACGAGGCCCCGGGAUCGUGGCUCUCACUGAUUCUGAUCGCCGUCUUGCUCGAGUUUACACCCGACUGGAAUUCGCGCGGUCUUUUGAAUAUCAUCCCGCCGGACUCUUUGAAUGAGAACUUCUCAGCCUCAAAGGCUCUCAAGCAGGCUGUCAGCCUCCUGAUGGAAGGCGAGGCCCGGAGUUACAUGCAGCAAUUUCUCAGCGUGUGUCCGGAUGUCAUGUUCCGUAUGAAAUGGUCCCGAAAAUACAUCCUUGGUCACUUCUUAUUUCUGGAGGAGGAACCCUGUUAUGGAGGCAUCACGAAUUCGUUGAAGGUGCCCAACGAGUGGGCUAUCAAGUACCUCGGGGUGGGACCAGGGGCGGAAUACCAUACUACGAACGAAAGCCAGCAGGAUAACGGCCACAAUGCUACGAAUGCCGACGGCGUGGAGGAGUGA